CGGUGAACGGAGGCGGGGCGUCGUUUAGCGUCAGGGAAGCACCCAGAGCACAACUACCUGCCUUUAUAGGUACUGUAUAGGAGGAGGUGGAUACUUCCCUGAACUGCCCCCUUAUCAGUGUGGGGACUUCCCAGCAUUUGACUGGGACAGACUGGAAUUGGAUCAUGGCUGGAGCGCUUCCAAAGAGAUGACUGAGGCGGCUGUUUUACUGUUCUACCGCUGAUGACAUGUUAUAUCGUACUCUUUUGCUGUUGGUGGUUUUGGUGUCAGUGGAACAUGCAUCCUUUGCAGGACCAGUAAAUGAGGAGCUCACCCACAUAAAUGUCAUCAGAGAUGUCAAGACAACACAGAACCUCACCAGGACAAACUUUGAACAUUUGGAGAAACUGAGGAACAGAUCCAGUUAUGUUGCGAGGAGCUGUAAAGAGAUGAGGGACAGAUAUAAUGAACAGGAAGAUGGGUUGUACUACCUGACCACUGCUAACGGCAUGGUCUAUCAGACUUUCUGUGAUAUGACCACUGCAGGAGGCGGUUGGACGCUGGUGGCGAGCGUCCAUGAGAACAGUGUUUAUGGAAAAUGCACAGUGGGUGACCGCUGGUCCAGCCAGCAGGGCAACAAUGCUGAUGUGCCAGAUGGAGACGGGAACUGGUCCAACAGAAACACCUUUGGAACAGCAGAGGGUGCCACUUCAGAUGAUUUUAAGAAUCCAGGUUACUAUGAUAUAGUAGCAGAAGACAUGUCUGUGUGGCACGUUCCCAACAACUUCCCACUGGAGCACUGGAAGCUGGCAGCCAUCCUCCGCUACCACACUGACAACCACUUCCUCCGUCUGUACGGGGGGAACCUCUUGCAGCUCUUCAAGCAAUAUCCAGUGAGAUACAACGUUGGCUCGUGCAGCAACAGAGGACCAGCUGUUCCCAUUGUGUAUGACCAUGGAGACACAGAGUCCACCAGAAACUUAUAUGGACCCAAUCCAAGAAGGGAGUUUGAAGCUGGUUUCAUCACAUUCAGAGCAAUAAACAAUGAACGUGCAGCCAUGGCUAUCUGCUCCGGAGUUAAGCCGACUGGAUGCCACACUGAACAUUACUGUAUAGGAGGAGGUGGAUACUUUGCCCCUAAUCAGUGUGGGGACUUUCCAUCAUUUGACUGGGACAGACUGGGACUGGAGCAAGGCUGGAGCGCUUCCAAAGAGAUGACUGAGGCGGCUGUUUUACUGUUCUACCGCUGAUGGCAAAACUGCAUCAUAUUCAUCUGACAAUUACAUUUUUAACAUGGA